UGUUGGUCAGCGGGCCAUUAAAAAUGAGUGUCACCUGGUCAGAUUUUACAAAACAAGUCCGAAAAUACUUGUCGAACAGUGAUCAGCAAAUUAUUAAUAUACUGAGAAAAAAGUUCUUUCAGACAACCAGUGAAUUUCAGAAAACUGAGGUAUCUAAACCAAUAUUCGACAAAUGCAUAGCGGACAUAGCAUUCAAUCCCGAUAGGAUCUAUGUUAUUUUAAAUGAUUUGAAAACAACCUUUAAGUUGCACACACCGAAAAUUGACAAACAGUGCCAGCCGAGUAUUACCAAACGACGUUUGGAUUUCCAGACGAUAACUCAGGAUUCUUUAGCAGAUGAUGAAAGUCCGCAUAUUAAAUCACAUGAUUCCUCUAAUCACCGUUCCGAUAAUCAUAUCGGUGAUGAUGAUGAUGAUGAUGUGAUAAUCAUUGACCCACCGAGUUCUUCAAAUAAUAAAAAACCAUUGUCAAAUCCUAUUCAGUCAUCAUUUGAUAGUUCAAAGAAUUCAAUAUCAGAAAAUGACGAACCAAAAGAAAAAUAUGCUCGUAGAAAUGAUGAAGAUUUUGGUGAUGCUCAAAAUGAUAAAAGAUAUAGGAUAAUUUGCCGUUUAGAACAUCUUAUGACACGUCUUUCUCAAGCUAUUCGAGAAUUGGAAGAAAAAGAACUUGAUCUUGACGAAUUGGAUUCAUCCAAUUCACCUUACCUUAAAUUGGAUGUUUUAAAGCGCCAAUAUUUGCAAGCAUGGCGUCGACAUUGUGAACUGCGAAAUGUUGCUAGAAAAUCUGGACGAAUAUUACGUCGUAGGUUUACAUAUAAUGGAUGCCAAUAUCCAAAAGUGAAUGAAAAAAUUGAAGAGAUUGUUAAUCAGAAAAGAUUAUUUCCUGAUUGGACUGAUAUUUAUCGAAUAGUUACUACUGUAAAUAAGGAAGAACAACUGAAUUUACCAGGAUCAGCUGUUAAAUCUUUAGCACGUGAAAUCUUUAUCGAUGUUGGACAUUCAUUAAAACAACGACGUCAAGACGAUUUAAGGCAUGAUUUUGGAUGUCAUUUAACAGAUGAUUUAUGUGAUGAUGAUGAUCCAACUUAUUCUAGUCGUGAUCUACGAAGAAAACUUACUGAAAAUAAACGUCUCGGUGAUGAUAAUCUAAACAAGGUAUUCAAACAUUAUAUCGAUCUGCAACAUACUAUUCAAACUGUUCAACAAAUUAUCGAAGAUCCUGAGUGUAGUACUAAAGUUGAAAAUCAUGUUACUCCUCAGUCUGAUGUGAUGAAUUCCAAUGAGGAGGCUUCAGUCUCUAAUGCGGCUUGUUUUUCAACUGACACUGAACAGUGUGAAAGUGACAAACCUCUUAAUUCACCAGCAACAUCCGAUGAAGUGUUCACUUUAAGUUCAGAUUCUGAUGAAAAUGAAUCAGCGAAACUUUCCCCUAAUAUUUCAAAUUCUGUAAAUUCUGCAUCAAUGAUUGGUGUUGAUGAAUUCACUCCCACUGUCAAUGUAUCACAAGGAUCUAUUGUAAAAAAUUAUCGACGAAAUGAAACAAUUAAAAAUGAUAUCGUUGCUUCAAACACUUCCAUCGAUGUUCCUGUAACAUGUUCUUCAGUGGCAGCAGCAUCACCAUCACCACCAGCACCACCGCCAACAACAACAACAACAACAAUUGAUCUACUUGAUGAUGACAUUUCAUUACCACCGACAAGUUGUUCUACUUCUAUACUACGAGAACAACGACCAAAAUGGAAGAAUCCUCCUCAUCUCAUGCACAAUAAUAAUCAUCAUUUUACUUUCUCCACACCAAUAAUUCAAGAGACUAGACAAUCUAGUCAAGUGUUAACAGUAGCCACACGAUAUGAUGCAUAUCGAUGUGAUACAUUUAGUCAAAUGGCCAGUGCUGCACAUAUUAUACAUGGUUAUCCUGUCAGUACAAAUACCACUGCAUUAAUUACAAAUAAAAUACAUAAACAGUCUAGUCGACAUUUUGUUAAUAAUUCUUAUAAAUGUUCAUCUAUAGUACAUAUGAAUUCUUGUUCAUCCACUUUUGCACCAUUCAAAAUAAAAAAUAUACCAACCGCCACAAAAACAAAAACUACUACUACUACUACUCACAUUCCAUUGAAUAAUUCACAUUUUAUAAAUACUACUACUACUACUACUGAUACUACUACUACUAGUAGUAGUAAUAAUAUUAGAAUAUCCUCAUGUACCAGCUUGUCUCGACUGUAUAACAAUGAAACGAUUGAAAUCGAUUGAAUUUCUUUUUUGUACUCAUUAUUAAUAAAAAUUCUUCUCCUUGUAAAAAUGUGUGCGGUUUUUUUUUGUUUUUUGUUUUUGGUUACUUGUUGUUAUUCUUGUUGUUGUUGUUUUUUCUACGUACACAGAUGCUAUUU